AUGAGCGAUGCGAUGCCAUGUAAGCGGCUACUGAUGAAGCGAGACUUGGAUCUGUGGGAAAGUAGCGAGACGCGGGCGCACUUGGUGCAUUUUAUAGAGCAAUUGGCCGAUGCGGUGCGCGGGCGCGAGAACGAGCAGUACGAUCUUCCCAUCUCUGCUAGUGUGGAAGCGCUCAUGGGUUUGUUGCAGCAAGUGCGCGGUGUUAUUGAACGGCACCCGGUGGCGAAGAAGGACGCACCGGCGUCUAGGUUUGGGAAAGUGGAGUUCAGGGACUUCUACGAUGAGUUGCGUGCAGAGUCAGCCAGUUUGAUCACAGGAGCGUUUCCACAACUCACACAAAAUCAAGUUCGUCAGUUGCAGACGUAUCUUGAGGAGUCCUGGGGCGAUAAACGGAGGAUAGAUUAUGGUUCGGGCCACGAACUGAACUUUAUGUGCUUUCUGUACGGUUUGACAGCUUACAAAGUGUUCGAUCUUGGUGGCACAGACAGGGCGAACCUCGUCUUGAAACCGUUUAUCGAGUACUUGAAGAUCAUGCGGGUGCUUGAGACAGAAUACUGGCUGGAACCUGCCGGGUCCCAUGGGGUAUGGGGGCUGGACGACUACCAUUUCCUACCGUUCCUUUUCGGCGCCUUCCAGUUGUCCACGCACAAGCAUUUGAAACCACUGUCCAUUCACAAUGAGGAGGUUGUCGAGCUGUUUGCGGACAAGUACCUGUAUUUUGGUUGCAUACACUUCAUCAAUUCAGUGAAGACCACUGCCACUCUGCGGUGGCACUCGCCCAUGUUGGACGACAUCAGCGGCGUAAAGAAAUGGUCCAAAGUCGCUGAAGGGAUGGUCAAGAUGUACCAGGCAGAGGUUCUCAGCAAGCUACCCAUUAUGCAACACUUCUACUUUAGCGAUUUCCUACUGUGCCCUGAGGGAGUAUCCGCACCGGACAACGUCGACCGUGACGAUGACGGAUGUUCCACUCUGGAACCACAUAUGGGGCACGCUACCUGGGGGGACUGCUGUGGGAUCAAGAUCCCAAGUGCCAUCGCGGCAACGGAAUCCAAUCGUCAGACGAACCGCCACAAGCCAUUGCCCUUCGAUUAA